AUGUAUGUAUCAGAUAUUUCUCUCCAUAAAAUUCCACUUGUUGUUAAGUGUGAUCUAGAUACUGGUGGAAAUAUGAAAAAUCAUCAUGACACUCUAAUGUCUUUUGGUGAAAAUUCCAAGGAAUGUUUUUUGAGAAAUCCUGAUGGUGAUAAGGAUGUGGCAUACAUCUUGUACGACAUGUUGACAAAGUCUCAAGUGCAUAAGGAGAAUGGUGAACAUGUUCAUGAAUAUGUCGAGGUUGAUAUUACUAUAGUUGAUGAUGGUGUUGUUAAUAACCAUGAUCAUUCAUUUUAA